GGCAGGAGGCGACUCACAACAGCGUCACUAAAUCAGCUCGUCUCGCUGCUGUUCCCGGGAGGGUUUUUUUUUUUUUUUUUUUUGAUGGAUUAAAUUAAGCGCUUCCAUUUCCGUCCACCACCUGAUCGCUGCAUUAUAAAUCCAAACAGCUGAUCCGAGAGUCUUCAGAAAUUCAGGACCUUCUACAGCGGCUGCGGCAGAGCCUGGGAGCUGUCCAGUGCUGGCGAGAAACAACAGCCGGCCCUGAGCCGAACAAUAAGAAUUGCAGCGCACGGCGCAGGACGCGGGGCCGGGACCCGAAGCUAGGAGCCGCUCCCGGCCGCGGGGAGCUGUCCAGUGCUGAACUCGCGGGCGAUGUCUGAGGAGCCAGCUCUGUGCUGGUGACCCCGGGAACUCAGGGGGGGCUUUGGAGCCGCGCUGGAGGUCGGCAAGACGGGCCCGGGCAGCCAGCCGCCGCCUCUGCCGCACCAAAGCCGCUGGAUCUCGGGUUGGAACCGGGACUGAUUGCACCAGGCGGAGACUGGGCAUCUCCGCAGCACGGGUCGGGGCUUGGGACUGCCCGGCUGAGCAAGCAAACCCCUAAAGCGAGCCGCAAAGCCAUAGCGCGCCAGGAGCUUUUUUCUAAUUGUAAUUUUUUUAAAGAUUUUUUGUGUGUGUGUCGGGGGGGGGGGGUGGUACGUUUCUUUCCCCCUCUAAUAGCUGAUCCAGCAACAACCGGCCGGCUGCCGCGGUUCUCCCUCUCCGCUCGCGGUGAGAAACCAUGCCAAGAUCUUUCCUGGUCAAAAAGGUCAAACUCGAUGAUUUUUCUUCGGCGGAUCUAGAGAACUCGUACGGCAGAUCUAGAACGGACUUCAGCUCCCGGCUCCAUGACAAGGCAGGGUACAUCAGUGACUACAUCACCCCGUCGGGCUAUGAAGGCGAAAGCGCCAUCAAGGUGCCCUCGCCUGACCCGAUCUACCCGGGGGCGCACGGGGACUAUGGCGCGCCGGACUCGGACCAGCCCGACAGCCCGCACUCGGAGAUCGCGGCCGGGUACAUCAACGGGGACGCGGCGGUGAGCGAGGGCUACGCGGUGGACGCCUUCUUCAUCACCGACGGGCGGUCGCGGCGCAAGGCGGUGAGCGGGGCGCGCAGCCUGCAGCGGCACCGGUGCAGCGAGUGCGGCAAGACCUACGCCACCUCCUCCAACCUCAGCCGGCACAAGCAGACGCACCGCAGCCUGGACAGCAAGAUGGCCAAGAAGUGCCCGACCUGCGGCAAGGUCUACGUCUCCAUGCCGGCCAUGGCCAUGCACCUGCUCACCCACGACCUCAAGCACAAGUGCGAGACCUGCGGCAAGGCCUUCAGCCGGCCCUGGCUCCUGCAGGGCCACAUGCGCUCCCACACGGGCGAGAAGCCCUUCGGCUGCGCCCACUGCGGCAAGGCCUUCGCCGACCGCUCCAACCUGCGGGCCCACAUGCAGACCCACUCGGCCUUCAAGCACUUCAAGUGCAAACGCUGCAGCAAGACCUUCGCCCUCAAGUCCUAUCUCAACAAGCACUACGAGUCGGCCUGCUUCAAGGGGGCCGUCCCGCCGCUCAGCCCCAGCGAGACCUGACCGGGGGGCGGCCCCUGGCGGGGUCCCCCUCCCGCUGCGAGCGCUCUGCGCCGGCCCCUCCCCCCGCCCCACCUCUCCGAGCGCUCCGGGAGCCCCUCCCCCUCCCGGGCGGGGUCCCCCCCCUCCGGGCACUCUGCCGGAGCCUCUCCCCUCUCCUCCUCCAGUCCCUGGCUGGGUCCCCCUCCCCACCUCCCCGAGCACUCUCCGGGUGCCCCUCCCGUCCCUGGCGGGGUCCCCCUCCCCGCUCCGAGCACUCUGCGGGUGCCCCUCCCCCCUCCCCCUCCCGGGCGGGGUCCCCCUCCCCGAGCACUCUCCGGGAGCCUCUCCCCUCUCCUCCUCCAGUCCCUGGCUGGGUCCCCCUCCCCACCUCCCCGAGCACUCUCCGGGAGCCUCUCCCCUCUCCUCCUCCAGUCCCUGCCUGGGUCCCCCUCCCCACCUCUCCGAGCACUCUCUGGGUGCCCCUCCCGUCCCUGGCGGGGUCCCCCUCCGAGCACUCUCCGGGAGCCCCUCUCCCCUCCUGUCCCUGGCGGGGUCCUCCUCCCCGCUCCGAGGACUCUCCGGGAGCCCCUCCACUUUCCCCCUCCCGUGCCUGGCGGGGUCCCCCUCCCCUAUCCGAGCACUCUCCGGGAGCUCCUCCCCCUUCCAGUCCCUGGUGGGGUCCCCCUCCCCCCUCCGGGAGCCCCUCCCGAUCUUGGCGGGGUCCCCCCUCCCCACCUCCCCAAGCACUCUCCGGGAGCCCCUCCCCCAUCCGGUCCCUGGCGGGGUCCCCCUCCCGCUCCGAGCACUCUCCGGGAGCCCCUCCCCCCUCCCAUCCUUGGCGGGGUCUCCCUCCCCACCUCUCCAAGCACUCUCGGGGUGCCCCUCUCCAAUUCGUCCCCAGGGUCCCCCCCAGCUCUCUCCAAACGCUCCUCGGAGUUCCCCCGACCUCUCCAACCUCCCCCCAUCCCGCCCCCUGGUACAGAGCACAGCAACCGAGAUCCCCCCCCCCUCGGAAACGGACUCCGAUCUCCUGCUGCUCCUCGCCUGGCCCUUUGGAGCGGACUCUCCCUGCCGGGAGUCCAGCCGCAAGGGCAUCCAAUGUCCUCUCCCUCCGGGCUCUUGCUUUCGAAAGGUUCAACCUUUCUGGAAGCGAAGAAGAGGAAAAACCCCACGAAGUAAAAACUCGUGCUCCGCAGCCAAUGACCACCAAGUGUCCGCCUUUACAGGUAAACCCGGAACGACUAAUUCCUGACCGCGAGUCUCUCUGGCACGUUUUUAUUUGAUUCCUUUUCAACGGGGUUUUUUUAAGUGUCUAUUUCUAUUUUCGUAAACGGCUGGGUUGAUUUAUUAUCUAUUUAUUUCGCAGAGUUUUUUUAAUAUAUCGAUAUGUACACUCGGGGUCUCCCGCGCCCCCUCCCCUUAUUUAUUUGGGGGAAGCCCCGCAGUGACUUUGUUUUGCGUUGAAUCUGAGGCGCACGGCUGUUUACUUCCAACCUCCUCUCCGCUGGUUGCCGGUAUCUCCUCUCUAUGCCAAAGUCUUCGUCACUUUUUUGAAGAAAAAAGAAAGAACGAACCGAUUUCUCGUUGCCGCCCUUUCUAACGCUUUGAAGUUUUGCAUGCCAACCAAGGAGCGAAAUCUAUGCCAAUUCCGCGACGCUUUCGAUUCUGAUCACUGGGUUGAGUUCUUUGGUUAUUUAUUUAUUUGCCAAACUUUAGAUAGUAUAUUUGAGGGCAAUACGUCUCCUUAGGAGUCCGAUACCGAACUUAUAGAGCAAUAAUUAAGGGAAUGCAUGUUAUUUUUAAGACAAAUAGUAUUACUGAGAAAUCAGGUACAUUUUAAUCCAAUAUUCUUAAUAGCAACGAAUAUCAGGGACUAUGCCAAUGUAGUGUAAUAGGACAUACGACGACUCUUCCUUCUCUUCUAAUGUAUGCACUGCCUGCCUUUGACUUCAUUGUAGUGGUUAUAGGGUUAUAGGCUUGUGGGGCUAACCAGGGGCCCUGCAAGCAAGUUAGUUACAUUUUUCUAGCAAAUCUUGGAGGAACAUCCACCUCGGCUUUAAGGGGUGUGGGGUGUAAGGGGUGUGUGGGGUUUAAGGGGUGUGGGAUUUAAGGGGUGUGUGGGUUUGUUUGUUUUUUUAAGAUUUCAAGCAUCUGGGAGAAAAAAUAGAUACACUUGGACAAGCUGUUCAGAAUUUCUACACACACACACACACAGAGAGACAGACACACAGAGACAGACACACACACACAGACAGACAGACACACACAGAGACAGACAGACACACAGACACGCACAGACAGACACACACACACAGAGACAGACACACAAAGACAGACACACAGAGACAGACAGACAGACACACACAGACAGACACACACACACAGAGACAGAGAGACACA